AUGACUCCUGCAGAUGACACCAGUGGUGCUGAUUUCGAUCAUCCGAUUGAGCUGAAAUUUGAAGAGUGGAGAUCAGAUUUGGAGCAUUCUGAAUUUGGUUUUUUGGCUCAUGAACAGUACCCUUUUUUUUAUGCCAUAGUUGAGACAAUAGAUGGUCCAAACAAAUACAGUGGAGCGUCAGCGGUGCUUAGUGUACACCAACCAGAUGUCGUGGGUAAACAAUAUAGUGCAGGGCGAAUGAUGAUUCAAAAUGGGCCUGAUAGCUUACAAGUCGGGUUGAGGGUGGAUCCAUCUCUAUUUGGUGAUGUACGUCCUCGACUAUUCAUAUAUACGAAUGCAGGUCAAUCUCAUUGUUUCAAUACAAAUUGUCCUAAAUUUGUGAUUGUGGACACAGAAAUACCUCUUGGUGAAGUAAUUGGAAAGGUCUCUAUACGUGGAGGGACAUCGGUUGCGAUGGAAAUCUACAUCUUGCAGGACCUAGCUAAUGGAAACUGGUGGCUUGGAGUUGCGAAUACCAAUAUCGGAUUUUGGGUUAGCUUCGCAUGCUGA